AUGGGGGCCAGAUUGCCGGGCCAGUAUGCAGCUCCCUAUCUUGCCAGAGCUCCAAACAUGGGAGUUAGAAUGUCGGGCCAGUACGCAGCUCCCAACCCCGUGAGCUUCUCGAACAUGGGGGCUGGAGGUCCUGUACAACGACUUGCUCCCGGGCAGGCACAGAGCACUGCAGGCCGCAGACACAUACCCGAUUAUCCAAUACGACUUGCACCCGUGCAACGAAUUGCUCAUCAGAGCCAAGGACCUCAAAAGCCAGCCAGAAGUGCGACGCUUACGUAUGGCAUCGCCGACAACAAGACGACAGCUCCUCAGGUUCCUUCCCAUGACAAUCGAAGUAAAUCAUCGCUUCAAGAAUUUGCUGGACAGAUCUCUGCGGCGGCAACUGAGCAGCCCCCGAUAUUAUUCACCCCUGAUCCUGUACCUUCCGAGUAUUUCCACAAAGCCAAUAUUCGCGUUGCAGACCGCCUCGCAAAAGGAAACGGAGUAGCAUACCUUUUGGAGAAAUCUCCGACAGACACUGGGACAUUUUCUGUCUUUCUCGAAGGACUCAAGUACCUCGAGUAUCCUAUACUGGACAUGGUCAACUAUAUUGCUAACUCCCAAGAGCUCUGUCCGCAGUUCAAAGAGGCUGAUGGAGAAUCGCGCGAGUGUGCUGCUUCCAAAGCAGCGGCUCCUAAAAAGGACGUUUGUACUCCAGCUACGAGCAAGACAGCACUUACGACGCAUGCCUCAGCUGGUGCUGCCUUAGAGGCUAGCCUCGUUGGUCUUUCCCUGUCCCCACAAGUGCUUCCACCAAGACGUAUAACUAGCUCCGGAAGCGUAUCGUCAUAUGCGAUGGAUCUGGGCACCCUGGACUUCGCUGUCAAAGAUUGUGACAACGAACAGUCUCAGAGCGCACAGGUGGACGAAACUGAUGACCUGGCACGCGAUUUGCAGCAGAUCUUACCAACUUUCGAGAAGGUGAGCCAGGCGCUGGUUUCUAUCAGCGAAAGCAAAAGAGAACUUGCUGCAAAGAGAGUGUUGCAAAACCUGAAAGGAGCAUCUGGCGCAGAUGAACUUCUCCGCACGUUGCUCUUGCUAUCAGCCAAGUCUGGUGCGGAAGCUUCUCUUGAAACGGUACCGUCGUGCUGCGGUCCAAAGUACUCCCGGAAGAAGCUUCUUCACUUGCGUUCAAGUGCCUGCAUCCCGCCGAAAUGGGUUUUCCAUACCGGCUUUCUCCCUGUCAGACCCCAAAGAAACGCAGAAACCACAAUCAAGGCUACAGGAGAAAGCGGUCAGCCACAAAAGACGAAGGAAAAUGAGACGGUGACAAAUGUGAAUGCCGGAACUCAGAUGGAUAGAGAGCAAGAUUCAAUGUCUAUGACGAGCAUUUUGACGGCCCUGGUGGACAUCAUGAAGACACCUGUAUCCAUGUUGGACAAUUGCGAAAACCCGACAGCUGUGCCUGAAGUCAGUCAGGUGGUGCCAUCGACCCCUGUCAAACAGAAGAACACUGUCGGCACUGAUCGCGGUAACAGUGUGACGAAAGGCCUGAACAGCUCCAGAUGGGCAUAA